AUGCCCCGUAUUAUGAUAAAAGGUGGUGUUUGGAGAAACACCGAAGAUGAAAUUCUUAAGGCUGCUGUUAUGAAAUAUGGAAAAAAUCAAUGGUCAAGAAUUGCAUCUUUAUUACACAGAAAAUCAGCCAAACAAUGUAAAGCUAGAUGGUAUGAAUGGCUUGACCCGAGUAUUAAAAAAACAGAAUGGAGUAGGGAAGAGGAUGAAAAACUUCUUCAUUUAGCUAAACUAAUGCCUACCCAGUGGAGAACUAUAGCACCAAUUAUUGGUAGAACAGCUGCCCAAUGCCUGGAAAGAUAUGAAUAUUUACUGGAUCAAGCUCAAAAAAAAGAAGAGGGAGAAGAUGCUGGUGAUGAUCCGAGAAAACUAAAACCUGGAGAAAUUGAUCCCAAUCCUGAAACAAAACCAGCUCGUCCAGAUCCGAAAGACAUGGAUGAAGAUGAACUUGAAAUGUUAUCUGAAGCAAGAGCUAGAUUAGCUAAUACACAAGGAAAAAAAGCCAAAAGGAAAGCCAGAGAAAAACAAUUGGAAGAAGCUAGAAGGCUUGCUGCAUUACAGAAACGAAGAGAACUUCGUGCAGCUGGAAUAUAUCUUUCAUCAUUUAGAAAACGUAAAAAAGGAGUGGAUUAUAAUGCUGAAAUUCCUUUUGAAAAAAGACCAGCUUUAGGUUUUUAUGACACUUCUCAAGAAACAAUGGAUGCUUCAGAAUUAGACUUUAAAAGCCUAAGGCAGCAACACUUGGAUGGAGAAUUAAGAUCAGAAAAAGAGGAAAGAGAGAGACGUAAAGAUAAGCAGAAAUUAAAACAAAGGAAAGAAAAUGAUAUGCCAUCAGCCAUGUUGCAUGGGCAAGAUCCUGUGAAAAAAAGAAGUAAAUUAGUUUUACCUGAACCACAAAUAUCUGACCAAGAACUUCAACAGGUCGUAAAACUGGGUAAAACAAGUGAAAUGGCCAGGGACGUAGCUAGUGAAAGUGGAAUUCAAGCUUCUGACACUCUUCUCACUGAUUAUUCAUUGACGCCUGGGGCUGGCGCUGUGACACCAAGAACUCCAGCUUCACAAACAGAUAGAAUAUUGCAGGAAGCGCAAAAUAUGAUGGCAUUAACACAUGUCGACACACCUCUAAAAGGAGGUAUCAAUACUGAAUUACAAAACACCGAUUUCGGAGGCAUAACUCCACGAAAAGAACUUAUCACGACUCCUAAUACAGUUUUAACACCUUUUCGAUCUCAUCAUUCAGACGGACGUACACCAGGAUCGGGAUUUAAUACUCCUGCUACAAUAGGAACUGGUACCAGUGGUAUAGGUACUCCUCUUCGAGACAAAUUAAGUAUUAAUCCAGAUGGUUUGGACGGUAGUGAAACACCCCUUGCUUUAAGGCAAUCGAAAGAACAGCUUAGAACGGGUUUAAGUCUUUUGCCGGCUCCCAAAAAUGAUUAUGAAAUUGUUGUACCUGAAGACGAAACGGUGGAACCAGCUCAGCCAGAUAGUGCUACCGUAGAAGAUCAAGCAGAUGUCGACGCCAGGUUUCUCGCAGAGCAAAAAGCCAAACGUGAAAAAGAAUUGAAAAGUAGAUCUCAAGUGAUUCAAAGAGGAUUUCCUCGUCCAAAUGACGUCAAUAUGACCGUAUUACGACCUCCUUACAACGAUUCUCCAUUAACCGAUUUGCAAAAGGCUGAAGAAUUAAUUAAAAGAGAAAUGAUUACCAUGUUGCAUUAUGAUGCGGUUUUUUCACCAAUGUCGUUGCCGGUUGCUCAUAAACGUCAAGUUUUAAAUCAAGCACAACAUUUGGCUUAUUUAGAACAGUAUCCCUACCACAGUUAUUCUCAACAAGAUUUAGACAAAGCCAAGGAAGUUCUAAAAAAAGAAAUGGAAGUUGUUAAACAUGGAAUGGGCCAUGGAGAACUUUCUUUAGAGUCGUAUACUCAGGUUUGGGAAGAGUGUUUGGCACAGGUUCUUUUUCUUCCAUCUCAAAAUCGUUAUACGAGAGCAAAUUUAGCAAGUAAAAAAGACAGAUUAGAAUCAUUGGAAAAAAGAUUAGAACAAAAUCGAAAUCACAUGACGAGAGAAGCUAAAAGAGCGGCAAAAAUGGAGAAAAAAUUAAAAGUUUUGACAGGAGGAUAUCAAACAAGAGGUCAGGCAUUGAUUAAACAAUUGCAAGAUUUAUUCGAUCAAACGGAACAAGCUUAUUUGGAGUUGUCAACAUUCAAAUUUUUAAAAUUGCAAGAAGAAGCAGCUAUUCCACGAAGAAUUCAGGCUUUGACCGAAGAUGUAAAUAGGCAGGUAGAAAGAGAAAAGGCAUUACAAAAAAAAUAUGGAGAACUCAAACAAAAAUUAGACGAUUUAAAAAUUGAAAAGAUUUUUUAA